UAGGUUUCGAUUAUUCCCAUUCCUUAUUGACUUCCGUUUGCUAAUUUUGCAAACAAUAUUUCUUUGUAAAUUGACAGUUCAGCUAUAUUUUCACGACUGUACAACAGACAAUGACAGAGAAAACCGGAGAAAUACUACCAAUUUAAGAUAAUGUUGAAACUGUUCUAGAGGGCUAUUUACAAUGUAUACCAGACAAUGCCAGAGUUGAUUUUUGUGGAAAUUUAUUAGAGAGCUUCAAAUCAGGACAAAAGACAUCCAUGUAUUUCAACUGAUAAACAGAAGUUGGAGAGUUUCAUUGGCCAGCAUGGAAGAAAAUUUGUCUGCAGGUCAAGUAAAUGUACCAGUAACGCAAAAUAGUUUAGUCCUUGAAAAACCAAGUCUUGGAUCCGACGGUGACACAGUAUCAGAGAUGAAAAAAGACAUUGUUGAUAUAUUUAAAUCAAAGAAAACAAACAUGAUAAAACAGAAGAAAUCUGUGAACGGUAAAACUAUUGAAAUAUUUCAAUGUGGUAUCUGUCAUAAAACCUUUAACGUAAAGAAAUAUUUAAAAUCUCAUCUUUUAACUCACACUGGUAUUAAAAAAUUCACAUGUGAAAUUUGUAGUAAAAAGUUUCUUCGAAAAGUACAACUCUUGAGUCAUCAAAACGUACAUAAAGAUGGAAAACCAUUCUUUUGUGAAGUCUGUAACCAAGGUUACAGUAGUAAAAGUUAUUUGAAAGCACAUCUUAGGAUUCAUAAUGGUGAACGUCCUUAUCAGUGCGAAAUAUGUCCGAAAAGAUUCACCCUCCGAGAAACACUCAAAGAACACGUUAGAAUUCAUACGGGAGAAAAACUCAGUACCUGUAGUGUGUGUAGUAAAGAAUUUAAUGACCACCGAAGACUUCGCUUACACAUGAAAAUACACAUCGGUGAUAAAAAAUAUAAAUGUCCAACGUGUGGUAAAGGGUUUAUUUUUAAUUCUAGUCUUAAAACACACAUUCUUAUUCACAAUGAGGAGAAAGCUUUUACAUGUGAAACAUGUAAGAAAUCGUUUAAAACCAAAAAUCAACUUCGUAAUCACAUGGUUACUCAUAGCACUGAGAAAGCGUUCAAGUGUGAUAUCUGUAGACAGGAGUUCGCUCGAAAGUCGUAUUUAGAUCGACACAGUCGAAUACAUACAGGUGAGAAGCCUUAUAAGUGUGAAAAGUGUGCAAAAGAAUUUUCCACCAACACACAUCUAAGACGUCAUGAAAGAAUACAUUUGAAUAUCCGACCUCAUGCAUGUGAAAUAUGUGGCAAAAGUUUUGCAGAAAAUUGUAAACUACAAGAACAUUUUUUGACUCAUACAAUUACUGGCAGAAAGCCAUAUGAAUGUCAGUAUUGUGGAAAAGAAUUAUUGACGAAGCAGACGCUUCAAAAACAUGAAAAACUUCACACAGAGACAGACGUGAAGGAGUUUGAAUGUAAAAUUUGUCAGAAGAAAUUUAAACGUGAAGUUGACCUCGAUAUUCAUUCUAGAAUUCACACAAAUAUACGUCCAUAUAAGUGUGACUUGUGUGAUAGGACAUUCAUUCAGAAAGGUCACUUACAAAGUCAUUUAAAAACUCAUGCAAAUUUAAAGCCAUAUAAAUGUGAUAUCUGUCAUCAAUGUUAUCGAACAAAUGAAAGUUUACAGACGCAUAUAAAAAGACACCAAGGGGUCAAACAGUUCUUUUGUAAAAUUUGUGACAAAACAUUUGUUGCAAAAUGUGAAUUAAUUCAACACUUACGAACACACACGGAUGAGAAACCUUACACAUGUGAAAUUUGUAAGAAAUCAUUCCGAUCAAAUAAUUCUCUGAAGCAACACACACGAUCCCACAAAGGGGAAAAGGAAGUGAAAUGCACAGUUUGUGGGAAGGAGUUUAGUCAGAAAGGGUAUCUCAAACUACAUAUGAAACUACAUGAAGAAGAUCAGCCAUUCUAUUGUGAAAUGUGCGGUAAAAAGUUUAAUUUUAAGAAUCGUCUGCAAAAACACAUGGAAAUGCAUCUGGGGAUUAAGCCGUAUAAUUGUGACAAGUGCAGUGCUGGGUACACAAGAAAGGAGUACUUAGUAACACACAUGAAAACACAUGAUGGGAUGGAAGGUCAAAAUGAGGUUAAUAGUACAUCUCCAUCUAAAAAUACUGCUGAAGUUACAAAAAUGGGCAAGUCAAAGGAUGGAAAAAUUAAGAAAAAUAAAUUAAAAACACCUGCUCGUUCUAAUAAAAAUGGUCUCCAAAAUUCCUCCAUUGCGGAAAAAGAAGUUGCGGAUCCUUCUAUAAUCACAAAUCACAUUCGAGAGGCUAUAAAUUCCGUUAUAAACAAUUCUGUUCAUACUUCUGACUUGAAAAAGGGGGGCAAAAUGUUAGGAAUUACGAAAAAAGGAAGUUUAAAAAUAAAGUUUAAGUUAAAGAGGAAAGAAAAAUCUACAAGAGUAAGACAAAGAAAGGAUAAACCUGAUUCAUGUACAUCAAGAAAUGAAAUUUUUCCACUUAGUCAAGAAAAGGAGAACUUAGAAAAGGAACCAGAAAUAGCAGAUGAUGUACAACAAGCAGUCAUGAAAGAACAAGAAACAACUGAAUCAACAGCUAUUCCCACACAAUUAACUAAAUCACAGGAUCCAGGACCAUAUCAAAUUGUACCAGCAAGUGACGACCGCCAAAUCAGUCUACACGAUUUUAAAAUUGAAGUAAAUGAUGAUUUUGUCAAUGGAACUGAUAAUCCAAAUGAUAAGUCUUUGCUUAAUUACUCCAGUGAAAACAGUGGUUGCGAAAAAACAUUAAAAUCAUACAGUGAUAGUUCAGAAGAUCUCAUGGAUAUUAGCUAUAGUGGAAAAGAUGUUAGUUUGCCUUGUGUUAAAACUGAACCUAUUGAAAUUGUUGAUUGUCUACAAAAUGAGAGCUUUUCUGUUGAAAUUAAUCCAUUUUAUAAUAAUGAGAGUGCUUAAUCUCUUAUCCAUGCAGAUAUAUAUCUUUAAAAUUUAAAGUUAGGCAGCAACCAUUUAAUUUUUUUGGGGCUAUGUUUUUUUUUUGGAAAAAAAAGUUUGUUUGACUUAUCAGUUUUUGGAGAAAAAAAUAAUUUGUUUUUGAUUCUGAGAAAAAAAACUGUUUGUUUCACCCUCAGCUGCCACUAAAUGUUAUGCUAAAAUUGAAAGAAAAAAAAUUUUUUUGACUUGUCGCGAAAAAAAAUAAUCGUUUUUUGUCACAGGCGAAAAACAAAGUUUGUCCAGAAAAAAAAACAUAGCCCCCCCCCCCCCCCGGAAAAUCAAAUGGUUGCUGCCUUAAGGGAUCACUAUAGUGGCUAUUUAAGAGUGGUGGUCCUCCAAUCCUAGAUGUUUAACCCCUAGCUACCUUAGUAUUCUUAGAUCAAUGUAGAUUUCCUGGACCUUUCAUGGUUUUUGAGAAAUAAGUUUAAAAAAAUUGCUCAAUCAUCAUGAUCAUGUUGAUCAAAACAAUUGUUGAACUGUUUUAUCUUUCAAUUGUUCAAUUAUCUUAUUUUUAGAAUGAUUUGAAAAUUUAUAUAAUAAACAUGGUAAAAAAGUAAAAGAAGAAAGAUAUAAUCUACAAAAGUUAUAGACAAAGAAAAGAUACAUCAAGAAAUUGAAAUCAAUAAUUUAUUAAUUAAUGUUAAACUUUUCGGAAAUCUAUCAUUUGGUCUUCUUUAAACACUUAAAACAAAAACUGGUUGACAUGUUGAAUUAUAGCUUCCUUGUAAAAUAAAAUAUUGGUAUGGCCAGUUGCCAUGGUUGCAAAGGAAAAAAUAACAUGUUAUUAAGUGUAUAGUUUUAAAAAUUGUGUGUUAGGCAUGAUAGAUCAAAUUUUUAACUGAAGUUUUUGUAAACAUCACAAAUUUUUAGAUAUAUAUUUUUUUUUCAUUUUCAGUCUCAUAGCAAACCAAAAAAUAUUUUCUGAAUUAGAUCAACAUUUAACAUGUUUUAUGUGUUUGAAAUUUUUAAAUCUAAAGAAAGUAAUAUAUAUAUAUCAUGCAUGAUAAAUCAAUGUUUAUUUUUCACAAUUUUUUUUUUUUAUUGAGCAUGAAUACACAGAUAUAAAUAAAAAUAAGGCGAUGUGAAACAUUGGUGUUUGGUCCAGUCACUAUGGUCAAACAGCAAUAAAAAUAUUUGUAAGAGCUCUGAUUAGCAUUUUUUGCUUCUUUUUAAUAAAUAUGUUUUUUAAUCCCUUUAACGCUCUGUAUGAAAAGUGUGACACUAUAAAUCUUUCAUUCUGCCUCAUAAACAGGGAGUCCAGGCAGGCUAUCAAUUAUAUAUAUCCUCACAUAGCCCUCAUAAUUAUCUGCUUUGGCAUAAAAAUACUAUUUAUUUUCCAUAUCACCUUGGAAAAUAGUUGGCAUGAUGUGAUUUUAACUUUAUAUAAUUUUGGCCAUAUUGAACAUCCAU